AUGACACGAAGGGUUCAAUGUCUGAUUUUUUCUUCGACCCAAUCUAACAAUCGACUGGCCUCCAUUGCCACCUUGCAAGACAGAUCUUUGUGUCCGGGCUACCAAUUAAUUAGUGUGGAACUCUCCAUGCCAGGAACCGCAUGGCAUUUCGUCGGCUGGUUGCAAACACAUUCUGUUCGGCCUCUCUGUACAACUGAGGCAGAUCGCAAGAAGAUAUCGAGCCAUUUUGAACAGGAGAUCAGCAAUUAA